AUGGCCACAAAUGAGCCAAGCGCUGAAGUUGGUGCUGAAAUUGUUAGAAAGCUGACAGAAGCUCAGUUGCUCGCACAGAAGGUCAUUGGUCUUCGUCAAUCCGUGAUUGAUAUGGACAAUAAACGUGCAAAGCUUCGUGAAUCUUACCAUGCCAUCAAAAGAUCCGAGAGAUCUGAAGGAAAAAAGAAGAAUUAUGUCUGUAUCUGCAACGACCUCAUGGUUCAGUAUCCAAACGAAUAUUUGUUGAAGACGACGGAUGAGGACGUGAAGAGAUUGGACAAAAUGAUUGAGGAAACGCGAAAGGAAAUCAAGGAAAAGACGGGGAAAUUAUUGGAAUUGGAUGGAGAUCGGGAUCUUCGAGAAAUGGGCUUCGAAUUAGAGGCGAUAACUGAUAAAGAUUUUGCUGAUGGUCUCCAGUAG